CUCUCCCACCACCAACGAACUCGUUACGAUGAAACUUUUCUCUAUCUCUGUCAUUCUGGCGCCUCCAAGCGGACAAUGCACUGUCCUGAGCAGUGUCAAUGACCUCUCCUCUUAUUCUUUCUACCAGAAAGGCUCAGUCAGCGAAUUCAUGACCUUCUUCUCUAGAACUGUUGCAGAACGUACUGCACAGGGCCAACGACAGAGUAUCCAGGAGAAUAAUUAUACUGCCUAUGUAUACAAUAGAGGUGGCGCUGAACAGCUGGCAGGUGUUAUUAUAACUGAUCAGGAAUAUCCUGUCCGCCCUGCUUUUUCUCUUCUCUCAAAGUUGCUGGACGACUUCACAGCCAAAGUCCCCCAAUCAUCAUUUAGCGAUCCUUCAUCCAUUUCUUUUCCCGACAUCAAUACCUACCUUCAGAAAUAUCAGGAUCCUAGGCAGGCCGACACCAUCAUGAGAGUCCAACAAGAACUGGAUGAGACCAAGAUCGUACUUCACAAGACGAUCGAGUCCGUUUUGCAGCGGGGCGAGAAACUAGACAGCCUCGUUGAUAGAUCCAAUGCGCUUUCUGCUCAGAGCAAAAUGUUUUACAAGACGGCCAAGAAGCAAAACUCCUGCUGCGUCAUUAUGUGAAGAUACCCUCUACAUGUACAGACUUUCCAUGGAUUUAGUUCAAUAAUGA